AUGCUCGGAAUUGGUGCAAUCCCGUCGAUAUUAUUAGCCAUAGGCGUUUUAGGGAUGCCCGAGUCCCCACGUUGGCUCGUCAUGCAAGGUCGACUCGGUGAUGCAAAAGUAGUUUUGGACAAAACUUCUGACUCACUUGAGGAAUCAAAAUUAAGAUUGACUGAUAUCAAAGAAGCCGCGGGAAUUCCUAAAGAGUGUAAUGAUGAUAUUCAAUCGAGUGGCAUAGACUCUGUCGUUCUGUACAGUCCAGAUAUAUUUGAAAAGGCAGGAAUAACUAAUGACACAGAUAAGCUACUCGCUACAAUGGCAAUUGGAUUCACCAAAACAAUAUUUAUUCUAGUGGCUACAUUUUUGUUGGACAAGAUCGGACGGCGGCUGUUGCUCCUAUCUAGUGUCAUCGGGAUGAUUUUAUCUUUAGUGGGCCUAGCAACUGGGCUGACCGUUAUUACUCAUUCUGACCACAAACUUGUUUGGGCCAUAGCUUUGAGUAUUGCCUCAAUUUUGUCUUAUGUGGCAUCUUUUUCAAUUGGGAUGGGCCCAAUCACAUGGGUCUACAGUUCCGAAAUAUUUCCAUUGAGGCUGAGGGCCCAAGGGUGCAGUAUGGGCGUCGCAGCGAAUAGGGUCGCCAGCGGUGUGAUUUCAAUGACAUUCAUAUCCUUAUACAAGGCCAUAUCGAUUGGUGGGGCAUUCUUUUUGUAUGCCGGGAUUGCCGCGGUUGCUUGGGUAUUUUUCUACACUUUAUUCCCUGAGACUCAAGGAAAAACACUCGAGGAAAUGGAGACAUUGUUUGGCACUUUCUUCAAGUGGAGAUCUACGUUGAGAGAAUUGAAGAAGAAAAAGGUCCAGAACGGUGGUACCAAUGGCCAAGUCCAAAGGGGGACUACUGGCUAG